AUGAGCGAGAAAAUCUUCCAGAAUAGUCGACGGACCGCCCAUGCCGGCCGCGCAAUUGAUGCAUCAAUCAGAAGUGAUCGAUGAGGUUUCGCGCCUUGAUGAGCGACAAAAACAUUAAUUAAACCUAACAAUUCGCUGCAACUCUCCGCGGCCUUCUGUUUAUUUUGUUUUUUCCGUCAUGUUCAGCCCUACAGAGGCUGUGUGGAAUUCAGAGAUUAGACCGCAACUCAUUAAGUGCAAACGAAAGUCUUGUUUAUUGACAGAGAGUUUUAUUUUGCUCAGUAAAAGACCUGCAUGAGCAUACUACAAAUAGUUAGUAUUUUACAGCUCGAAUUUCCUUGUUGAUGAACUUUCCAGGUUUGUAACAGCCAGAGUGAAGAAAAAGAGUGAUUAAAAACAACUCGAACUGUGAUAACGCCAACAAGAUGCGAAUCGGACGUCUCGAGGCAUUGCUAGUGACCAAUUUAGUAGCGCCAGCAUUCUUAACAGAUCCCUAGAAUAGCUCAGAAAACCGUCCACUUUUCAUAACCAAGGUCCGAGAAAGUUAACUUUCCGAUAUGUAUAGAAUCAUGUGGGCAAAAAGCGGCAAGUUCAUGGCUUGCAAUAUAAGUGUCUGAUACUGCUAAAUAUUCAGCUUCCUUUGUUCGCUUUACAGAACUGAAUUAAUUUUUUUUUGCGUACAGAGCUGAUACUUCGACCAGUUAAUCCGAGAGUAUCGACGAAAAAGGCUGAGCUCCACAUAAAAAAGCUCCUCAAAAGUUUUGGCUCUGAUUAUAGUCUGUUCAGAUUUUGAAUGUCAACCAGCUAACUCCGCCCAUGUUGCCACAGUAGCUUUUCGCGUCAAUGUUUUAUCGCGCGGGACUGCUUUUGAUCUUUUUUGUUCAAAAAGAAAGAAAAAGAAGUCGAAAAAUGCAGCCAUAUUGAAGGUUCAUCUGCGAUGAAACAUUGACGCGAAAGAAAGUAUCCUUGGGGGCGGAGUAAGCUGCUUGGCAAUCAAAAUCUCAACAGACUAUACGGAAAAGUAGCGAUUUGUGCUCCCUUGAUCGUGAAAAAUGAGCGGCGCUUUGUCAAACGUUUGCUCUCCGGGAAAAGGUCGAGAAAUUGGAUUCUCAUUUUGGAAGCGACCUCGGCCAAACAUCGUCCGGCACGGGAAAAUUGGAGAGCCACGUUGUCCCGUUAUUUCCUGACAGCAGCGUUUUCCACGUGGAGUUUUCCCGACUGCGUCAUCUCAAGUCGUAGUUGCUUCGAGGCCCUUCCGUUCUCGAUGGAGCGCGUUCUCGAGCGAGUCGACGACUUUAAAAUUUUCGGCGACAAAACGUAAGUGACGGCUAGAGUGGAAACAAGUUUUUGCGGCUGAUUUUUCUAUUUUUCGCAAAAGUUUGCACGAUUCGGAAGUUACUUCCGCGUUUCACACUGUCACAUGCAUUUCGCAUCUAGGAAAUCUACUUUUCUGGGACUUUUCCUCAGAAAAUCUGGCUAUACUGAUUCCGUUUUUGCUCGUCACUUGUAUAAACUUAUCUGAUAUAUUCGCCUUUCAAAGGCUGAACACUUAUUUUGGCUAAGGGUGGGUCAAUAAGAAAAGUAGCUCACUGGAGGUCAUUUUCGAGAAAAGGAUAAAGGAUAGAACUGUUUAUAAAAGCUCAAAGAUCCUUAAAUUCCGAUUAUCUAAACUAUGACAGAAAUUUUCCAGCCAUGAAGUUCUUUCUAACGUUUCCCUGUACUCCGCCACAAAAACUCCUCUUUCUUACAGGUGAGUCGAACCCCUUUUUACCAUUUUCAAUAGCUGAUGAACAUGUGGAAAAUGCAUGGUUUUAUGUAGUACCCAAAUAUUUUUCUAAUUUUUGAGCUAGGUAAGGAACUUUAUCUUUUGUGGUUCUUUUGAAAAGAAAAUCUUAAAGCCGCGAUUGUAGAUAAUUAUUAAUAUAAUUUUUCAAACUUUUUUAAAGUAUCAAUAAGUGAUGAAUGAAAACUGAAACCGUCUCAAAUGGAGGAUUAGUUUUUCCGGACAAACAUAAAACAUCGAAAAAGUCUUUGUAGAGGGCGGGCGACGGUCGAGUUUUUCCUCAGCUCGACCAGCAUAUUCUUCACAUUUUGCCUCUGCGUCUUCUUCAUAGCUCGACCUCAUCUGCUCUACGCUUUCAAGGUCGGUUCAAGGUAUCGAGCCUGAAAGUCAGCAAAAAUCUGCAGCCGACCAUUGUUUUUGUGACUUUCGGGAGUGUGGUUCUCUACGUUCCAUUCCUCGUUGAGCACUUGUACCUGCUGACGUCAUUGUGGAUGGACGUCGAGCCUUCCUACUCAGUGCUCAUGUGCUCCCUCCUGAAGAACUUCACGAGCGGCAUGACGUCAUGCGUCCAAGUUCUUCCUUUCUCGGUCAGCGUCUACCGGUAUCGGACCGUCGUUCAGAACUGCAAGCCGGCUUCCGACUUUGUCUUCCUCCUCCACUCUCUAAUCACCCUAGUUUUUGUUAGUUUUGUCCUUUCCGAGGUUCUAGAUAAACAUUUCAGUUGAUGAUCGCCUUGCUCAACUUUCCACUCGGCGACUUUGUGCACAACGAUCAAUGCGAGACUUUUCGAAUCAGCAAGCUCAUGGAAAUAAUCAGAGUAAGGAAGAGGAAAGCUCCACGGCAAAUGAGCUCAGAGUGCACAAAUUGGAAAACUGAGACUAGUUUCAAUUUCGUUGAAAAGAAUCCCAGAAAACUUUGCUCAGAAAUCUGAUUCCUACUUCUAAAUUUGUUUAUACGUUAUAGUAUUGCUUUGACAGAAAUAACUAUUUUAAAAAAAACUGUUUAUUGCAUCUUCAAUGUAGGAAUACAUGUGCAAUCGACUUUCAUUGAGUUAACUGUGUUUAAACGGCGGCAGGAGCUGUGGCUUAGGCAGAGAAGUUGUGAUUUUUGCUCGUAGAACAUCAGGUACAAGAGAGGUCGUAGGAAGAAGUACGGUGCCGGCUCCGCAAGGGCCGAUGGCAGAGAUUGAGCCUUUUCGCUGGAUGCAGCUCCCAAUUUUAUCUACCCCGGAGGAAUGAAAGGCUUGGUCGACCUCGGGGGGACUCGAACCUACGACCUCGCGGACGUUAGAUAUGAGUCUUACCAGCUGAGCUAUGCCGCACAGAGAUAAUCCGGAACUCAAUGUUCCUAUGAAAAGAUUCCAGUUAACUUAUUCUAAUGAAUUAGUGAAUGAACUUUUUUUUUUUCGCUCGCCGACAAAUUUUUUGGCGUAAGGCGAAGAACCAGAAAAGUUUGCUUCCAUUUCGAGAUUGAUAAUGAAUGAAAACAAUAUCCCUUUUAAACCGUUAUAGUAUUUAUACACUUAAAAGUGCAUAUAUAGUUAUUGUUGAUAAUUAUCAUAAGCCUUACGACUCUGGAUAUGUGUCCGUUCUCGUAUCGCGGAAGAAUCUUGAAUAAAAGAAUAUUUUUUGGUUCAACGAACAAUAUAUAGAACCGGAUAUCCAAAAAAGAAAUGCAGUCAUUUUUGAAAACUUUAACAUCUUGAUGCUGUUUUCUGGGGCUUCUUUGAGAAGAGAAGCUUUCGAUUCGAACCUUGAUGUACACAGGUACACAUCCUUUUGUUCAGAUUCUGUUCACACUGGGUUUGAACGUUUCGGCCAUCGCCAUCAAUCUUUUGAUUUAUUUAUAUGUGAAGCGCUACGAAAAGCAAAACAUUGGUUCGUCUGGUGAAGAGCAACUCAGUUUGAUGUGAGAGUUCAGAGCUGCAACGGAGACGAGUCGAACUGACAUCCAGCCUGCUACUACAAUCUUUUGUACCUAUUCUUGUUUCGCUUCCCUUGCUCUUGCUGUCUCUAGAGUUCUAUCUUGGUAACAAACCUUCAAUUUAUCGAGUCCAUGAGCUUGCAGGAAUCAAAUUGCCAAAAGGACUCUGCACUCGUUGGUAUGCGACCACGUAUUUCGGACCGUUUCUCACACCCCUGUCUUCAAUGAUAUCGCUAAAACGAAUUCGGAAGGAAAUGUUAGUUUGCGAGCCAUACAAACCGCCAAAUAUAACGAUAAAACCACGGCCACGACACUGUCACACCGAUUCAGAGUACAAUUCAGUUUGA